GGCCGUUGCAGUGGAAGGCCAGGUCGAACGCCUGCCGGCACGACGUCGGCGGGGGUUCGAUGGAAGCUGCCAUAGCCUCGGGGCCGCUCAUUUCGGAGGCUGUGGUAUGCGGUGAUGACAUUGCCGCCCCCGAGCGGGCGGAUGCGUUUGAGGAGGGGGCUGAGGGGUCUUGGCUAGCGGGAGGGUCAGAGCGCAACGAGAACCACGACGAGGAGGGGCCGGCUCGUGGUGCUGGUGCGGGCGCAGGUGUCCGCUGGGGAGCUUGGGCUGGUGCGGCGGACGCGUCCUUGCCGCCGUUGAGCUCGGCCUGGAACUGCGCGAGGAACUUGGCGAUCUCCGGGUCCAUGGACGAGUCGUCUUGAGCCUGCGACGGCUUGGGAGGGGCAUUGGUCUCGCUCCGGGCGCUCGCGGGCGCGGGCUUGCCCUCAGCGGGCGACCUCGGGGGGCUCUGCCAGAACCAGCCCAUUGUGUAUUCACUGUCUCGUUUGGCUGCCUGUCGUGUCGACGUGGGCUGGCAGUGUCGUGUUCGUAACAAAGGGAGGACAGUCGGCGGAGGAGGAAACGGCGCAAGCUCGGGAUGCCGUAGGGACGCUGUCCGAGUCUGUCUAAUCCGUCGAACGAUACCUUUAUCGAAGUGAGGGGUAAACAAGAAGGCCGGUGCUGUAUUCAGAUUGCGGAGGUGGCACAAACUAGACGUCAGAGCCAGGAUCGCAUUGGCAGUUUUGUCGAAUUUGGUUGGUUGACUUGAUCAUCGUUUCGCGGAUCAAAGGCCCGACGCGUUUCUGGGCGGGGGUGGGCGCUGAAAAUCUUCACUUGAUAGCCGCACCCACCGCGAAUUGGAACCCAACAGCCCAAUCCGGCAUUCGAUUCUUUGCCAUUGAAUGCCAGCUCUGGGGUCAAACAACAUCCUUUUUAAGCUGAGGUCUUUCUUGGAAAGCCCAUUACCAUCCCUGGCUUUGCCCAAAGUUCGUGGUAUUCCAUGCUCUUCUCAGUUUCCUGUAUUUACACGAGUAUAGACCUUGACUUCCAUGGGGAGCAAAAGCCGGCCCUUUAUCGAUAACAGCCCUUCAACUCGAUAGGGUUAACUUGCAAGGACAGGGUGCGGGACCAAUGACUUGAUGACCUCAUCGGCACGCCCAGUUAGGCUUUUACACACACCAACACAACAGCCUAGAGAUAUCUCCACAUCAUUUCCAGACUUUCCGAAAGUCGGCAUGAAGAUAGCUAGCCAUGAUCGGGAGCAGUAGAUUGCUCAUCGGUCCCGACGCUCGCUCUAGGCUCCUGGCCCAGCGAGCCGUCCUGGCGGGCCCCCUCCGUCGCCAUGUCGUUACCCCGCUGGGCAUCAGCCCGCCACUGCUGUCCCACCCUAGUAGACGAUGGAAGAGCACGCCUAUCCAGGAUAACAUCGGACGCAUAACUACGGCCAAAAAUGAGUCCAUCCUCUUCUUCGACAAUAUCUUUCCCCUGGGCCUCAGCACUUUCUUCCUUCGCCGCUGGCGGACCGAGGAAGACUUGGCCGAGUUGCUCCGCAAGUUUGACAGCUCAUCCCUGGGAAUCACCGACCCUAUCUCGAAUGUGAAACGCGCUAUCCCCUCCGAUCUGCCCGUCACGGUGACCGAGGUUGUCCCGCGACUCAAAGAUGGCGGCGCCUUUGUCAAGGUCAGCCACUCCGGCCCGGGUGGUGGCUCGGAAACAAGGAUGACCGCCCGAGAGCUCGAACAGGCCCUUACUAGGCGCUUACUCGAGGCCCCCCUCCGCUCCUGGUUUAACCCCUUCGCUUCGGUCCGCGUCGGCCUCGUAAAGGGUGUCCCGUGGCUCGAGGAUCUUUACCGUCCGCCUGCAUCACGCGUCAAGGUCGAGUUCUGUCCUCCAAGCCCUGGGGAUGCCGCCGUGGAGCUGUCCGAGGAAACGCUAUACAAUCUAUUCAGGCGCUAUGGUAAACUUGGGGAGAUUAUCCCGCAGCCAUUUGACUCCAAAGUCAUGCCCCGGUACGCAUAUGUUGACUUCAGCCGAGUCCGCGACGCUGUCAUGGCUCGCAACUGCCUCCACGGCUUGUCCGUCAGCGAGUCUAUGGGCGGUGGUAAAGGCGGUACCAAACUACGGCUUUCCUACGAAUCAAAAGUCAAGCCGCACCACAUCUGGAACUGGUUAUCUGGCCACCCUCGCAUUGUGAUCCCCUUGGUGGCCGCACUACUGGCUGCCUUCACCGUCGCCGUCUUCGACCCGAUCAGAGAGUUCUUCAUUGGUGCACAUAUUCAAGGGUCCCUCAAUAUCACAAACAGCCGCCUGUAUCGCUGGUUCAAACGCCAAACAUUGGACUUCGGUGGUGUUUUCAAGCGCCACAACAAUGUCACCGACGAGGCAGGCCUGCAAGCCCUGUGGACCCAACGGAAGGAUAUCAUCGAUUCGAUCAAUACCUGGCUUCUAGAGAGCACAGACACCUUCAUCGUAGUUCAGGGACCUCGGGGCUCGGGCACUCGGGAGCUUAUCAUGGAUCAGGCCCUCGGAACUCAUAACAAGUCCAACGUACUUGUUCUGGACUGCAAGCCAGUUGUGGAGGCUCGCGGAGAAGCAGCAACGAUUCGGCGACUGGCGGCGACUGUUGGUUACAGGCCUGUUUUUUCGUGGGCCAACAACCUUAGCAGUCUUGCCGACCUGGCUGUACAAGGCACCACAGGCGUAAAGUCGGGCUUUUCCGAGACUCUCGAGUCCCAACUCGUCAAAAUUCUGCAAACAACCGCGUCGGCCCUCAAGACGGUCUCGCUGCUCGAGCGCCGUAGCGGUGACAAGGACGCCGACAUACCAGAGGAUGCCUACCUUGAGGCACACCCGGAAAAGCGAGCCAUUGUUGUCAUCGAUAACUUCCUAUACCGAUCAGAGGAUGGGUCCUUGAUCUAUGACAAAGUUGUUGAUUGGGCGGCAGCACUAGUACAGUCGAAUAUCGCGCACGUCAUCUUUUUGACUCACGACCCUUCCUAUUCCAAGUCCCUUUCCAGGGCGCUCCCCGAUCGAGUUUUCAGGCAGGUGGCCCUGGGAGACCUAUCACCAGAGGUUGCCAAAAAGUAUGUGCUCAGCCAGCUCGAGGGAUUUGACCGCGAGGCCCUAUCCGACUUGAAACGACAAAAUGGGGGUAAGGAAACAGUGACAGCAGCAAAGGGGGAGUCAGGAAAGGGAACAGGGAACGAUUCUGGAAAGACCACAGGCACAGGGAAGGAAUCCGGAAAGGCCGAAUGGUUCCAAUGGAACAAUCAACAGACCCCGCGGAAACAGGACGCACCCCAGCCCCCGGUUAAAAGGGAUCUCUCCGAACUCGACAGCGUCAUCGACACGCUUGGCGGCCGCCUGACGGACUUGGAGUUCCUGGCACGCCGGCUCAAGAGCGGCCAGACCCCCCGGCAGGCUGUGACCGACAUCGUGGAGCAGAGUUCGUCCGAGAUUAUCAAGAUGUUCCUUCUCGGCAGGAACUCCACCGCCGCCGCCAAGAGCUGCGCUCCCGCCUCGGAGAAGGCGUGGUCCAACGAGCAGGCCUGGCAUCUGAUCAGGGAGAUCGCCGCGAAGGGCACCCUCCGGUACAACGAGAUCCUCCUCUCGCCGACCUUCGCCUCAUCCACCACCCCGUCCGCCGCGGACGGCGCCACGGCGGUCGAGGCCCUCGCCUCGGCGGAGCUCAUCACCGUCACGUCGGCCCGCGGCCGGCCCCAGGCCGUCAAGGCUGGCAGGCCGGUGUACCAGGCGGCGUUUGCGCUGCUGGCCGAGGACAGGGUCCUCAAGGCCCGCAUGGACCUGGCGGUUGCCACGGAGCUGGUCAAGAUCGAGACUAAGAAGAUCGACAAGGUCGAGGCCGAGAUGGCCCUGCUCGCCACACUGCCCAAGCAGCCGGCCGGUGUGGACCGCAGGUUGCAGUACCUCGUCGACAGCCUGGGCGUCAGCCACGGCAAGGUCAUGACCCUGGAGGCGGAGAUGGAGGGGCUGAAGAAGAUUCUGAAGCAGGACGCCUGAAGGGGCUGGGUCUGCUCGGCCCCCCUCGCCAGUAGCUUCCAGAGCUGAUGAGACUCGGAGCCAUGAGUUGUUUUUGGCAGAUCAGUAGAUAGAGGUGCCUACCCACACCGACCUCCAGCUUCGAUUCCUUGCCAAUAAAUUUCUCUUUCAAUCCUUUUGGCAUCUGCGCUCUAACCGUGAUACCC